GGUUACAGCAUCAUUUGUAUUCUAAAAUUCAACCUAAAUACUAGCAACUUAACAACAAGCUCGCAAUAAUUUUAAAAAAAUAUAUAUAUUUUUUUUAAUUAAAAAAAAAAGAACAAAUCACAAAAUAUAUUCAACAUGGUUUCCACACUCAAAAGUGCUGGUGAUUUCGAGAAACAAAUUGCUGGUGCCGGUGAUAAGCUGGUGGUUUUGGAUUUUUAUGCCACCUGGUGUGGUCCCUGUAAAGAAAUGGAGCCUCAUAUACGCAAGCUGGUGAAACACUAUAAGGAUCGUGCCAUUGUCAUUAAGAUUAAUGUCGACAAAUUUCAAGAUAUCUGUGAUUAUUAUAAAGUACGUAGUAUGCCGACAUUUGUUUUUAUUAAAAAUCAAAGGCGUGUUUCGAGUUUUGCGGGAGCUGAUGCUAAAUUGCUAACACAAAAAAUGGCUUCGUUGGUUAAAUGAUUUAUUUACAUAUUUUUUUUGACUUUACGCAAGAGAUUUAUUUUUUUUAUAAUUAAUUAUGGACAUCUGUGAUGUUAAAUUUUAUUUUAAUUGUAUUUUGUGUUUUAUUUAAAUGUAGUUUUUGUGAAUUGUGUUUGUUUCAACUAACGUUAAUAUUUGUUCUAAUAAAAUUACAAAAAUAUAUAUGAUUUAAA